AUGGCAGUCAAAGAGACCGACUCGAGCGACCGUGAGCGAGAACGCUUGCAGGUUGCGACGACUAAGGAGAUGGCAAAGGACGAACGCAAGGACGCGUAUUUCCAGCUGAUCAGCGAGAGCUGGCCUGCCGACCCCGACGACUGGCUUACCUACCUAUCUACGACGAAUGUUGUCCUCAAGCGAUACGGCGUCAACCAAAGACCUCAAUCCGGACGCGAUCUUUCAGUCACCCUCGUCAAACACUUCGCCGUAUUGUCGUUUUGGAUGGACAUUGAUGGCGCUGAGAGACACCUCCAGGAGCGCAUUCGGUGCCGCAGACAGGACAUGAACCCAGACAGCAAGAAGGAUCGAUACUGUCUACCAAGUGACAUUCAGUGGGUUCUUACCAACAAGCUCGAGGGGGUUGGAGAGGGUAUGGAUUGGGAGCAACUGGCGCGUGACGCGCUAGGGUACCAACAAUAG